GGGAGGGGGGGCUUAGAGAAGGGAAGGCAUGCUCUUUUUUGCCUUUAUCGAUGUCAUGCCAACACAUAUUUAUCUAGAUAACCUAAAAUGUUUAUUCAUGAGUCAUCCACACAUUUUUUUAAUUAAAAAAGAAUACGGCACUUUCCAUAUAUAUACAUGUUCUCAUAUGUUGCUAUCUUGAUUUAUUUUUUGUUUGUGGUAAUGUAGUAUCGCAAUAUUUCAAAACUAACAGAAAUGUGUUCUAAAAUAAUUGGUAGCUUGCCGGGUAAUUCUCAACCGAGGAGAAAAGAGCCAAGAGCACAUUUCAUUAGCUGGAACAACUGAUUCGGGCUUAAUUUGCUUCUAAGAGACAUACAGUGGAAAAAUCCAGAAACAGCAAAGAAGAAUCAAAGAGACUUAGGAAAUGAGCAAAAGGGCCUUUGUGUGUGUGUGUGUGUGUGUGUGUGUGUGUGUGUGUGUGUGUGUGCGUGUGCGUGUGUGUGUGUGCGUGUGCGUGUGUGUGUGUGUGUGUGUGUGUGCGCGUGUGCGCGCGUGCGCGCGUGUGCACGCCUUGGAGCGAUGGUAUCAAAGCAGCUUUAAGGGACAGGGCUGCUCUGUAAUGACAAACAUAUUAACCAAGUUGGUUUUGUGACCUUGAUAUAUUGGGCCAUGCUUGAUUUGUGCAGUGGUUCAUGACAGGCAAACAUUGCCUGGGAAGUGUGGUAAUUUUUUUGGAAAAGAAAAAGUUCCCUAUGUUGUUUUUUCCCUCAGUUGAAGUAAGAUUUCAGACUAGCUUCGUCCAUAAUUGGAAUGUGUGGGGUGUCGGGUGUGUGCGUGUGUGCACACGUGUGUGUGCGUGUGUCAGAGAGAGAGAGAGCGCGCGCGCACUUGCAUGGAACCAUCUCUGUUUUUCUGUCUCUGAUUUAUUUUUAAGGCAGAAAUUUGAGAAACAAAAGCAUAAGGGAAAAAAAAACCCUUAGAACUCACAAACACUAGUAAACUUGUGUGGCAUUUUAUCUUUUUCAGUCUUUUGUUCUCAAGGAUAUGUGUUUUCUCUUUUCUCUCCCUCAAAGUGCUGCCAGCCUAUAUGAGUUUCAUUGUAUACUGUUCUUCCCAUUUAUAGAUUGUGAGAGAGAUCUAUAGAUUUAUAGAUGUCUUGCUUUCAUGAGCAAUUAUUUUCCCUUUAAGAACUUAAGAAAAGAAAAGAAAAAAGAAAUCCAGGUCUCAGACGUUCUGUGCUUGCAGUCCUCCAGUAACUUCUCCUCCAGUCCUUUCCAUGGCCUACUGAGCUACCUGUCUCCAACCUGGCCAAAUCAGUCUCUGCUGUCUUAAGAACUCCAGUCAUACUCCGGCCUCGGUGCCUCUUCAUUUAUGCUUCCUCUGUGGACACAGCUGGCCUAGAUAUUAUAAAGUUAAGAUGGGUUUCCUUAACUUUAGGUCUUGAGGUUUUCCCAACAACUCUACAAGAUCACAUUACCCUAUAUUUUUCACUCUCUGUUAUACCUAAUAACCACUUCCUAGUAUUUUUCGUUGGUUUACUGUUUGUCUCCGUGCUGUCUCACCAGCUUGAGGCCUUGUUUCACUGAACACCUCAGGGUUUGGAACUGCUCCUGCUCUACUACAGGUAUUUACUCGGUGUGUAAACAGGUGGACGUUAACUGUCCGUCCGUUCAUGUGGCAUUGCUGUUAGACUUCUAAGUAGCUAUAUCAUGAGGUGGAGCAACAAAUUUUUUAAACUUUGCGAUUUUCCUGUUGUUAACCUAUCUUAGACAAAUUUUACAAGGUGAGCCUUAGUAUCUUAAAAAGAAUGACAGUCUUAGGGGCUAGAGAGACAGCUCAGCAGGUAAGAGCACUUGUUGCUCUUGCAGAAGAUGAAGGUUUGAGUCCCAGCACCCAUAUGGCAACUCAGAACUAUGUGUCACUCUAGCCUCAGGGGUGACACAGUUUUCUGACCUCUAUUGGUACCAGGCACACAUCUAAUGCUCAUACAUACGUGCAGACAAAACACUCAUACAAAAUAAUAGUAUCAAUGAGUCUAAAAAACAAAAACAAACAAGCAGAAAAGAAAACCUUGAUUUAAUUUGAUCAGUUUCAGGAAGGAACGUUUUUGGCAAUGUUGCUGGCUUUCCUUAUGUGUUACCUUUUUUUAUUUGUCACACGGGAAAUUUUGGCGCAGUCUAAAGUGUCCCAGUUUGGUAGUUUUUAGCGAUAGGAUAAGCCUUAAGAGCAGAGUGAGCUCUGGUCAGACCAGCAGGGUGAUGACUGCCUUGGUGUGCUCUCAUUUGGGGGAGGCUGUUAUAUUUACCUGCUUUCUUGGCAGUUCUGUCCUCUGCAGUUCUCUGCUUAUCUUUUGGAUGGCUUUCGAGGUGCACUUAGUUGCUUGCUUUUUUUUAAAUAGGGUAUUUUAAAUUUACAUUUCAAAUGUUAUCCCCUUUCCCCAACCCAACCACCACCCCUUCCCGCCUCCCGAUCCUGACAUUCCCCUACACUGGGGGUUGAGGGUGGGUCUAGCCUUGGCAGGACCAAGGGCUUCUCCUCCCAUUGGUGCCCAACAAGGGCAUCCUCUUCCUCCCAUUGGUGCCCAACAAGGCCAUCCUCUGCUACAUAUGCAGCUAGAGCCAUGGCUCUGUCCGUGUGUACUCUUGGAUGGUGGUUUAGUCCCUGGGAGCUCUGGUUUGUUGGUAUUGUUGUUCUUAUGGGGUUGUAAACCACUGCUUGAUUUUUUUUUUCUUUUUUCUUUUUUUCGGAGCUGGGGACGAACCCAGGGCCUUGCUCUUGCUAGGCAAGUGCUCUACCACUGAGCUAAAUCCCCAACCCCUUGAUUUUUUUUUUAAUAUUUUAUAAUUAGUUCUUGACCUUUGAGCAGUUUUCAUCUUUUGUGUGACCUUUGAACUGUUUGAAAGUUCACCUUUCAGGAUCUGUAGUAAAAUGUAUCAUUAUGCUUUCAUUGAUAAAGAUGGGGAAAGAUGUAUUUUUGAGUGUAAAAUUCUUAUAGGUCUGAACAUCAGAUAGGCUUCUUUUAUUUUUAGUGAGUUUUGGGGGAAAGAUUUCUGUUUUCUCUGACCCUUUUCUAGAACGAUACAGCCUAGAGACCUUAGAAAAACCCUUGAUGCUUAUGUCUCAUAUAUGUAAGAACUUGGUAAUGUAGUGGUUAUGUCCUAAUGGAAGUUUAGGUCUGCUGAGGGACCAUAGGGAAUAUAGUAAGUUUGUCCUUCAAUGGACAUUUGUUGCAAAUGUAUGUGACUGCAAGUCUGUGUGCUUUUGUGGAGGUUGCUUAAUCCUGUUCAGUUUUAGACUUCCCUCUCUUCUCCGAGACAAGAGUCUUGAUAUAUAGCUGAGGCUGUCCUUGAGCUCCCUGUAUAGCCCAGGAAAUCCUUGAGCUUGGAAUUCUCUUGCUUCAGCUUCCUAAUGCAUGUAAGCACCAUACUUCAAUGUUAUCAUUUCUUUUCUCACUCAGCUUUUUCUCUUCUCUUCUCACUCAGCAUUUUCUCUCAUUGUAUUCCUACCCCAGUUAGACUCACCCACGUCUUUAGUGUGCCCUAUGUGGAGACAACUCCCUCUUUAAGCCUGCCUCUCCCUCCCUCUCUCGUUCUCGCUCUCUCACUCUCGCCCCCCCCCCCCCGGGCUUGAGGCUUGCAUUUUCAUCUAUCAAAUUUUCCUGUUGACUUUGCUGGCUGCCUCAUCUCAAACUUCACAUGUCUACAAAUUGCCUGCUCCACUCCCAUUCCAUGCUGCCGAUGUAUUUGUUAACUAAUCAUCGACAACUGAGCUAAACCCCAAAGCCCCAAUUUGGUCUUUCAGACUCCCUCUCAAACUUCCACAUCUGUUGUCUUCAUUCUUGAUGCAUCCCUCAUGCCACCCCAGAAUAUUUCAAAUCCUGUUGCUUCCUAAUGUUGCAUUUUCUCAGCCGGAUGACUGUUGAUGUCCCUUAGCUGGUCUUCUGGCCUCACUCCUGCCUGCUGAUUCUACAGAAGCCAGGGUAAAUGGUUAAAAGACAAGGGAAGACCACCUCUUUGUUGAGUGGCUGCCCACUGUACUGAAGAGUCCCAUUCGUGAAUACUUUGAGUGCACUCUUUACAUGGUACUCUUGGAAAGCUCCUUCUCUUCAGAACGGCUGUUACUGAUGGUCCCCUCUAUAGUAGCUUCCGUCUCACUCACAUACUCAUUUCCUGUUAGGACUUUACUAAAGUCCCAAGAAUUUCAUUUAUAUGUUUCUUUCCUCCUUUAUUGUUUCUACUACAGCCUCAGAAUUGCACACACAAGAAAAUCAGUGUCAGUUAUAAGGAAGGAAGGCUUGUAAGCUCACCAACAAAUAUGGCUUGGUUGAGAAUGAAAGACGUACAGUUAAUAAUUUUGUAUUCUUUCACUGAUCCUGGUUUCAAAUUGGGCCUUUUAAUUAUUCUGUGUAUUCAUGAUAACUUUAUGUUUGCAUUUAAGCUUGUUUUAGGAUUGUGAGGCAAGAGAGCUUUCUUUCUUCUUUUAAAACCUAUCUCUGUCUUUAAGAUUCUUAGAGGAGAGGCUAUUUUAUUUUUCUUUUCUACAAAGUUACCUACUGGGGCUGGAAAGAUCGCUCAGUGGUUAGGUGCAUUGGCUACUCUUCCAGAGGCCCUGGGUUCUAUUCCCAGCAUACACGUAGUAGCUCACAGCCAUCUGUUGUUACUGCAGCCUCAGGAGGUCUAGUGCCUUCUUCUGACCUCCACAUGCAUUAGGCACACAGAUGGUACGCAAACAUACAUGCAGGCAAAACUACUCAUAUGCAUAAAGUAAGGUAAAUCUAAAUAAACAUAUUAGUAAGUCACUCGCCAGCAUGCUGCUUGCUUCAGGAGUGCUUACCUCCAGGGAGCUUCAAAUAAUCACAUGAACGGUGGGCCCCAUUACCUGGCCUGCUCAGGUAUCAUGAAGUUGGCAGGCUCAUAAUGGGCUCUCUGAGCACAGUUUUGUAUUUUCUAGUGGGAUGGCUUAUGAGGGAGUGAGAGUGUAAUGGCUUCCACCCCCUUUUUAUUAGUUGCUUUUCUCGUUGCUGCAACCAAAUACUUGACUAAAAGCAAGCUGAGCUUUAAAAAGGGAUACAGUCCUUCAUGGAGAGAAGGCAUGAUGACAGGAGGCCCCUGGUCACAUUGGAUCCACACUCAGGAUGCAGAGAAAGAUGCACUUGGGCAUAAAACUGGUUUUCUCUUUUUAAUUAAAUCGAGACUAUAGUUCAUGUGAUGGUGCUGCCUGUAUUUAGCAACAGUCUUUCUCUGAGGUUAAUCAUUUCUGGAAAGACCCUCACAGACACACUCAAAUGUGUGCCUCACUAAUAACUUGUUUGUUAAUCCAACCAAGUUGACAAUUGAAAUUAACCAAUAGAGAAUGAAGUUGAUUGCUUAGAAUAAGUGGGAAGAGUCCAAAGGAAAAAGGAGACAUUUUGGCAGCCAAUUAAGGUUAGAAGGAUGGAGAAUGAGUUUGAAACAAUGUCUAUACUUGUUAGGCAGCGUCAAUAGGAGAUGAUAGAUGAAUUGGUAUACCAGUAGCAUUUAACCACCUAAUUUGGGGAGCAAUGAAGGCAUAUGGUUGGACUGAGCCGGAGUUGGGAUUCAUUAAGGGGGAAUGGCAGGACAGUGAAGCAGGUGCACUGAGGGUAUUGGUCAGAAAGUGAUUAGCAUGACAGAUGGGCUGUCAAGGCUGCAUGGCAAGGAGAAAAGGCCUAGAGGUGUUGAUGAAGUCAAGGGAUGAGUGUUUGGAGUGAUGGAGUAAUACCAGGAUGAGGUUAGAGGGACAUGUGCAUGGAAGAUUUAAGAGUUGGAGCAGUUAAUUAGCAGACUCCUGUGUUUUGCCACAGACACUAUUCAUCGAAGGGAACUCCGUGAAGAUGGGUGAAGUCAAGGAGAUUAAAAAACUGAGCAGCAGAAGAGUUGUUUUGGUUGUCCCUAAGGUUAGAGAAGCCGUUAGAAGCAUGCCAAGAUUUAUGGAGCUGAGAGAAGGAAGAGCUAGGUCUGUAGAGGAAUUUUAAUCCAGCAAUAUGGUUGUUCAGCAAGGGAUCACAUCCAAAGACAUGAACUUGCUGGAAUGCAGACAAGCCCUUAGGGCACACCUUUAAUCCCAAGCCAUGAUGUCUAACUGAGGGGCAGACAAAGUUGAUGAAUCAGAGAAAGAUUUGACAGAAUAAGUCAGAGAUAGGAUGUGACCAACUCUCAUGAGAACAGACAGGAAAGACUAUUUUAUUUAUUAAGAUGUUGCUAGCUUUAGCAAGGGUCCGGUCAUUUUAGUGCUUAUGUGUGUUAGCCUUUAAUUAUUUAAACUGACUCACUCAUUGAGAAUGCCCAAUUCCUUAUUUUUGGUAAUUCAUUUUUGUAAUUAGCAUAAUAAAAUUUAAGAAGUAUAUGGUGCAGAUUGCUUUUAUGGAAGCAUAGCUGAAAAUGAACUCAUCAGGAUCAUAGUGAACAUUUAAAAUAAUUAGAAAGACAAUCACAUGUUGCUUAAUAACAGGAAUAUGUUCUGAAAGAUGCUUCAUUGGGUGUAAGCAUAAAAUAUGCUUACAUGACCAGGAUUGUAUGGUUGUGGUUUGAUAAGAAAGGUCUUGUAGAAUCAUAUAUUUGAAUGCUUAGUCAUUAGGGAGUGGAACUCUUUGAAAGAAUUAGAAAGAUUAAGAGAUGUGUCCUUGUUGACUGGGCUUUGAUGUCAAAAGCCCAUAUCAGGUCUAGUGUGUGUGUGUGUGUGUGUGUGUGUGUGUGUGUGUGUGUGUGUGUGUCUGUCUGUCUGUCUGCCUCUCUCUCUCUCUCUCUCUCUCUCUCUCUCUCUCUCUCUCUCUCUCGAUAAGGAUGUAGCCUUUAGCUACUUCUUCAGCACCACACCUGCCUGCUGCCUCCAUGCUCCCUGCUCCCAUGUGCCCUGUUUUAAUAAUAAUGGACUAAGCCCCUGAAACUGAAAACAUCUUCACAAUUAAAUGCUUCCCUUUAUAAGAGUUGCCUUGGUCAUGGUGUCUUUUCACAACAAUAGAACAGUAACUAAGACAAUGGUAUGCCUAUUGUUCCUUAGCUAUAAAAAUGUAGGGUAGCAUGCUGUAUAUUUUAAAUUGAAAGUAUAGUAAAAGCCCCAUGUGGUUAGAUAUUUACAGCUCCAUCAUAAUCAUAUAGGGACACCAUAAUAUAUACAGUCCAUUGUUGACUGAAACAUCCUGAUGUGGCACAUAACUGAGGUAUGGUAAAUGGAAAACCAAAAUAACGGGAUGUAUAUGGCUUGGUAUGUGGAGAACGUGGAGCUCUGUGAUGCUAGUGAGGCCUUCACAAGAAAGGAUUAACCCCAGGUUAGCAAGACUUUUGGACAGCCAUCAUCUCAUUUCUGAAUCUCUUUUUCAGGGAUGUUGGUGGUGGAGCGCUGUGGGGGGCUGUGUCAGCUGCUCAGUCUCCUUUACUUUGGGAUGGCUAAGUACAAAGGGACUAGCAGAAAAGCUGUGAAACAGCUCGAGGGAGUUCUUCCCCUGGCUCCUAGUAUGGUCUGUCUCAGGAAAAAAAAAGUCACCUUGUUAGAGCGAAUUCUCUCUCACGGAUUCAGUGUGCUCCGGUGGGUGAGUCGUCACUCCUUUGGCAGGUUAGGAAAAGCCAGAUAGCUCUUGGUGCUAGCUUUCUGGAAAGUAAAGGGCUGCAAGUUUUGCCCUUGUAAAAGCUAUUUUGUUUCUGCAGUGGGUGGUCCUUGGGCACUCAGUGGUCAAGAGCAGAAAGUACAGUGAGGUCUUUGAAGGAAGGAGAAUGUAUCAGCUUACUGCUGUGGGACUUGGAAGUGGGGGUUGAGUAUUGCUUCCCAUUGUCUGUUGGGUGCAAGUUACACUCCACAGAUUGAUACUUAAGGACUUCCACAGUCUUAAUCUUUUCGCUUCAUUCUAGCUCUUCUGUGUGUCAGCCAAGAGUACCUCUGAUAGAACGCUAGAAUGUGAUCUGAGAGACUAGAUGCUGUCGUGAAAUGCCUGUGACUGUGAUUCAGUCUCAGCUCCUCCAUUUACUAGUGACUUGCUCUUUACCUAAGUCAUUUUCAUUUCCAAUCCAUUUAUAGCCCUUUGUGCUAAUAGUAAGAAAGGAUGAUGACUGUUAAAUUAGAGACUUUAAAGUUUCUUGGUGAAGAUUAGAAAAGUAUAGAGGCUGUGGCAUAGACUAUUCCUGAUUCUUACUCCAGGCUCCUAAAAUGUAAAUGUUCCUUGUACUACUGCAUCCUCGGCCUUCACUCGGACACUUAAACUCAGCUUAUAUGAGUAGAGAAGCACUAGCUUAUAUAGCAGACAGUGCUACUGAGACCUCAGUGACCAAAAAGAAUAGACAUUUUUGUGCUCAUUUAUAAUCCAGAUAGUGUGGAAGAGGAGACCCAGUCCCGUGAGGAUCUGAUGGUUUUAAAUCACAGUGUCCUAAGUUGUCCCCCUGGUGUCAGUGGUCAUGAGGGAAGACACUGAGAAUGAAUGAAUGAAUGAAUGAAUGAAUGAAUGAAUGAAUUCUAGGAGGCUUUUAUGCGCCAGAUUUAGAAUGGGAGCUGGGAGUGAAUUCAAAGAAGAAAAGACUGAGAAGAGGCAUGCACUGGAUAGGAAGUGAGUUUGGUUGUUUGAAUGUUUGUUUAUACAGAGUUGUGAAAGGACUCCAGGAAGAGUCAGGCAGGACCUGUACGGUGCCAAGACAGAAUGAAGAGGCCCUUCUGUCUGGGUAGCUAGGGAUUGGGAAGGGCUGGAGAGCCUUAGACUGGCUCAUGGUGAAGGCAGGUGGUUAAAAAGGUCAGGAGAGACAGGAGAAGUAGGGUGCUCAGUGACCCUCUGAAGUAACUUUCCUAACAGCUCUGGAGACAGACGUUGCUGCUCUUUACAGCCCAUACAACAGGCAUCAGAGGGAAAGGAGUUAAGUCUGUAGUGCUGAGGACUAGGAAAACCUCACCUGGUUGAUUGGACAGCUGAGGCCACAGAUAAAGUGGCUGAGAAGAACCCCUGGGCAUGGGGUAGAAGAAGAUCGUUGUAGAUGACCUCCCCGUAGGCUGCUUCAGUUGGGGAGGGAGAGUAAGAAAAUAGGAGCAUUUCUAGGAGGAAGCAGAAGUGUGGACAAGUGAGGUCCAGGAUGGAAAAGAUCCAGGUUGGUGAAGCAGGUAGGAGGGAGAGGUGAUGAGGGGUAAGCAACGCCUAGGUCAGCCAAGGAUUUAGAGACUUACUCCAAGGGCUGCCGGAAGCCAUUAUACACUUUGAGUGAUGGUUAAGAUUACCUCAGUUUAUAUUUUGAGAAGACCAUGGGAUUCAGUCUUUGUAUGAAGAAUAGGUGGACAGGGAGCCAGCGUAUGAAUUCAAUGUAGCAGAUAAGAUAAAAAGAAGAAUUCAAAAGGGCCAGUCUGGAGCUCAAAUCAGUGGUCAUGGCUAGAAAAUAAAAUUUGAUCCUAGGCUUCCUGUUGGCUCAGUCUGUUCUAAGCCAAGCUUCCUGUGGGUAUCCUUAUCCACGGCCUCUGCUUCCUUUCCUCCUGUGAUUCAGACCUCUGGGCUCCAGCUCUGUAACUCCUGAAAUGUUUCAGGCACCACCUUUGUGGUUUGCUUAGUCCAGGUCAUUCACUCUUGCCUGGCUUCACACUGUAAGUGGUUCCAGCCUGGAGCUGCUUUACCCUUUAAUGCUUCUAGUUUUUGGCCUUCAGGUCUGUGACCUCUUCCAGGUCCCAAGUUCUCAGACAAGUCCUGAAAUGAAGGCAUUCUUGAUACUUCUAAACCUGAAUUUUCUGGAUUUCCUGUUUUUCCUUUGCUACAAAAUGAACCUUCUGUUUCUUCAUUAGGCCUUCCCAGCUUGUCUCAGGUGCCCCUCUGAAGCUUGUCCUGACCCUCUGGCCAUGUUAAACACCACUCCCUCGUUUUCAGUUUUCAUGGAUCAUAAACUGGAUACCUAUAGUAGCAGUUAGCACUGUGUUUACUUGUUUGUCUGCACAGUUAACAGUGCAUGAAAGAUAGGAUUUACAACAAAAUAUUUCAUGAUCUAGGCCAAAGAUUGCUUUCUCCAUUUAGGUGAAAGCCAUACUUCAUUAUGAAGGUGUCUGUUCCUAACUGCAUGGCCUUUGAUAGACCAUUCAUUUCUCACGGAGCCUGAAGGCUGGAGUUUGGAUAUAAUGUCUUCUGUCAACAGAAGACAUUAGUUUAAUUUGGGAUAAUCAGAAAUUGUCUUCGUAUUAUGAAAGGAGCAAAAAGACUUAAAAAUCUUUAGUUGUUUCAAAAGAACUUGUAAAGAUUGUUUCUUACUGAUACCUCUGCUGUCUUGCUCUUGCUCCAGAACCUUUUGUAUGGCCUUGUAUUUUGUGAUUUCACAGUUCUGGGGUUGACGUUACAAUUGCCUCCAUGGUGAUGGGCACUAAUGUUCUGUGCUGAAUUGUGUUAGCUGUGGAAAGCAGCGAACAGGCUGGAUGAAAGAUGAGCUUCUUCCUUUUCUGUCCUUGUCUCCUGCCAACCCGCCGCUCAUUGUGGAGAGGGAAAGAGAGGAGAUGAGCAGAGCCGGUGCCCUGUCAUUUAGUGUUCAGACCCAAGAUUUGCAAGCAUUUCUAAUGAUGCAGAAUAUCUAGGCAUGGCUAAGGGGACCAGAGGAGAAAAUCUAAAGGCCUGAAUUGCAACUAGAGAGGCAACAAGUGACUCCUUAAAGAUGCCACAGGGCUGCAGAAGGGGACCUUGAAGAGGUUGAUGAAGUGAGAAGAAUGUUUCUCCCAACGACGAGAAGGUUAGAGUCCAUAGUGGUGGAGCAAAGAACAGCUGAUGGCAGAACAUGAUGGAGCAGGAACAGCUGAGAGAGCUCACAUCUUAAACCCACUAACAGAAGGUACAAAGACAUGGAAAUGUCUUCUGAAACCUGAAAGUCCAUACCCAGUGACACAUCUUCAACAAGGCCACACCUCCCAAUCCUUCCGAAACAGUUCUACCAACUGGGAGGGAACCAAGUAUUCAAAUAUGCUUAAUAAGGAAAAGUGGCUUUCUGCGAAUAACUGAUAAAACUACCCUUAGAAGCGCCUCCUGGGCCCUCAUGGAAUAGCUGGGAUUUGUACUGCAAGGCUUUCUUGCCUGCUGCUGACCCGAAGUGAUUGUCACCAUGGCCAGCAAGAGGAAGUCCACUACCCCAUGCAUGAUCCCGGUUAAGACCAUGGUGCUGCCGGGUGCCAGCACAGAGGCUCAGCCUGUGGAACCUCUACCUGAAGGUCCCCAGCAGGACCUUCCCUCAGAGGCCCCUGAAGCCAGCAGUGAGGCAGCCCCAAACCCCAGCAGCACUGAUGGCUCUGCCCUGGCAAAUGGGCACCGGGGCACUUUGGACGGCUACGUAUAUUCCUGUAAGGAGUGUGACUUCAGGUCCCAGGAUGUGACCCACUUUGUAGGACACAUGACUUCAGAACACACGGACUUUAAUAAAGACCCACAUUUUGUAUGUACAGGGUGCAGUUUCCUGGCAAAAACCCCUGAAGGGCUGUCCCUGCAUAAUGCCAAGUGUCACUCAGGGGAAGCCAGCUUUCUGUGGAAUGUGACCAAGCCAGACAAUCAUGUGGUGGUGGAGCAGAGUGUCCCUGAGAAUGCUAGCUCAUCUGUCCUAGCAGGUGAGUCUACUGAAGGGACUGAAAUCAUCAUUACCAAGACUCCAAUCAUGAAGAUAAUGAAAGGCAAAGCUGAAGCCAAGAAAAUCCAUAUGCUUAAAGAGAACGCUCCUACUCAGCCUGGCGGGGAGGCCUUGCCUAAGCCAUUGGCCGGGGAGACAGAGGGUAAAGAGGGGGACCACACUUUCAUCAAUGGGGCCACUCCAGUCAGUCAGGCAUCUGCUAAUUCCACAAAACCCCCUCAUACUGCCAAUGGGCCCCUGAUAGGAACAGUGCCCGUAUUGCCAGCUGGCAUAGCACAGUUCCUCUCCCUCCAGCAGCCCACAGUACAUCCCCAGCACCAUCCCCACCAACCCCUGCCCACAUCCAAGGCCCUUCCAAAAGUCAUGAUCCCCCUGAGCAGCAUCCCGACAUACAAUGCAGCCAUGGACUCCAACAGUUUUCUGAAGAACUCCUUCCACAAAUUCCCCUACCCAACCAAAGCUGAGCUCUGCUACUUGACUGUGGUGACCAAGUAUCCAGAAGAACAGCUUAAAAUCUGGUUCACAGCCCAGAGACUGAAGCAGGGAAUCAGCUGGUCUCCUGAGGAGAUCGAAGAUGCCAGGAAAAAGAUGUUCAAUACAGUCAUCCAGUCUGUGCCUCAGCCCACAAUCACAGUUCUAAACACACCACUUGUUGCCAGUGCUGGCAAUGUCCAGCACCUCAUCCAGGCUGCUCUCCCAGGUCAUGCUGUGGGACAGCCUGAGGGCACAGCAGGGGGCCUGUUGGUCACUCAACCAUUGAUGGCCAAUGGGCUACAAGCAUCAAGCUCAUCUCUCCCCCUGACAACUGCAUCUGUUCCCAAGCCAACUGCGGCACCCAUUAACACUGUGUGUUCAAAUACAACAUCCGCUGUGAAGGUUGUCAAUGCAGCCCAGUCACUCCUCACAGCAUGCCCCAGCAUAACUUCCCAAGCUUUCCUUGAUGCAAACAUCUACAAAAAUAAGAAGUCUCAUGAACAGCUGUCGGCUCUGAAAGGAAGCUUCUGCCGGAACCAGUUUCCCGGGCAGAGUGAAGUAGAGCACCUGACCAAAGUCACAGGCCUCAGCACCAGAGAGGUCCGGAAGUGGUUCAGUGACCGGAGAUAUCACUGCCGGAACCUGAAGGGCACCAGGGCCAUGGUGCCUGGAGAGCAUGGCUCUGUUCUCAUUGACUCUGUGCCAGAGGUGCCCUUUCCCCUGUCAUCUAAAGUUCCAGAGGUGCCCUGUGUCCCAACAGCAACCUCACUAGUGAGUCACCCUGCCACCAAACGACAGUCUUGGCACCAGACCCCAGACUUCACGCCAACCAAAUACAAAGAGAGAGCCCCAGAGCAGCUGCGAGUGCUAGAGAGCAGCUUUGCACAAAACCCACUUCCCCCCGAGGAGGAGCUGGACCGCCUAAGAAGUGAAACAAAAAUGACCCGGAGGGAAAUUGAUGGCUGGUUCUCAGAGAGGCGGAAAAGGGUGAAUGCGGAGGAGACAAAGAAGGCUGAUGGGCAUGCGCCUCAGGAGGAGGCAGAGGGUGCGGAGGAGGAGGGUAGAGAUGAAGAGCUGGCCAGUGAGCUGAGGGCUCCUGGUGAAAAUGGCUCUUCGGAAAUGUUUCUUAGCCAUACCUUGGCAGAACGGAAGGUUAGCCCCAUCAAAAUCAACCUCAAGAACCUGCGGGUCACUGAAGCCAGUGGCAAGAGUGAGCUUCCGGGGAUGGGGAUGGGUGUCUGUGAGCCUGAGGAAGAUGGCUUGAACAAGGCGGUAGAGCAGCCGCCCAGCAGAGUAAGCUACAAGAAGACUGCACAGCAGCGCCACUUGCUGCGGCAGCUCUUUGUCCAGACACAGUGGCCCAGCAACCAGGACUACGACUCCAUCAUGGCCCAAACAGGGCUGCCCCGGCCGGAGGUGGUUCGCUGGUUUGGUGAUAGCAGGUAUGCCCUUAAGAACGGCCAGCUCAAGUGGUACGAAGACUAUAAGAGGGGCAACUUCCCACCAGGUUUGCUGGUCAUAGCCCCUGGCAACCGAGAGCUGCUGCAAGAUUAUUACAUGACACACAAGAUGCUGUGUGAGGAGGACCUGCAGACCCUCUGCGAGAAGACCCAGAUGAGUGCCCAGCAGGUCAAGCAGUGGUUUGCUGAGAAAAUGGGUGAAGAGACCCGGGCUGUGGCAGAUACAAGCAGUGAGGAUCAGGGCCCUGGACACGGAGAGCCUGUGGCAGUUGACAAGGUGCUGGGCGAUGCCUGUGCAGCGCUGUCUGAGAACAGUGAAGCAUGGGAGCCAAGUGCUCCUGAGGCCGGCUCAGAGCCCUUUGACACUUCAAGUCCCCAGUCCGGACGUCAGCUCGGUAAGGGGCUCAUGGGAUCUGUGCACGGCCUUUCUCGGAAUCUGAGGGGAGGGUACAGUCACAGAGUAGGUACAGGUGGCAGGUACUGCUACCUCUGAGACUAGCUGGCAAUCAGACCAACUGCAGAGGAGUAAAUGCCAGGGACAACUGGCAGUAGAAACCAUACAAGUAAAAGCUCAAAACUGGACUUCUGGUUUGGGUUCCUCUGUUUUUUAUUUAUGGUGGUGUUUGGUUUAAAUCCAUGCAGGGGAGAGAACAUAGUGGACUUAAAGGGACUCCUGUGUUUCUAGCCAUUUCUUAGCAUUGCUUAAGGAGUCCCAGAGAUAGCAUCUGUAUGGAUACAGGGUUAGGACUUCAGAAGAACUUUAACUCAGAUUGGCAAGCAAAAGAGAAUGGUUCAAUGGUCUCAUUUGUGUGCGUGCCUGGUGCUCACAAAGGUCAGAAGAGGGCAUUAGAUCCCCGGGAACUCGAGUCACAGCUGUGCCUGUGACCUGGCAUGUACGUUCUGGGAAUCAAGCCUGGGUCUUUUUAAGUAGUAGGUAGCAAAUCCUUUUAACUGAUAAACAGUCUCUCCAACUCCAUUUUUUUUCCUAAUCAAAAUCUUGUCUUAGGUUUGUAUUGUUUUUUCCUGAUAGAGAAGAGAUGUUUAUUAUAAUGGAAAAUCACCUUGUUUUAAGAAACAGGAAAUUCAACACUUAAGGUUGCUUUUCAGUUUCUCAGGAUGGUGGUAUUUUGGUAUUCAGAAGUAACACUUGAUUAUUUUAAGGCAUGAUGGUGAAACUGUGAACACGUCACUUCAGUAGAUUUUGAUUUUCUAUAAUUUUGGUCCAUGAGAUACAGACUCUUCACUGUCUCUUGCCAUUUGUCUCCUGGUGAAAUGCCCCUCCCAGAGCAGCUAGAACAAGAGUCUGCAGAGAGGAGUGUCACAGAAGCCAAAGGCCUGGGUCGCUAAAUGAUAGCGUGGCCGGCUGAGUCACAGAGGGUGGAGUCAACUACAAGUGUCUGUGGGAUUGGACAGCUGUGCAGGUGGUCCCUGCUGCUUCCGUGCAGGGCUCUAACCAAGUACAGCAUGCUAACCCUGGGACCGCAUGGCACUUUCUCACAGUGUUGUUUGUAUACAGUGCCUGGACAUUAUUGUUUGCUUUGACCUAGGAAAUCCUAGUUCCCUGUCCCACUUAUUUUCUACUGAAGACCUCUAAAAAAAAUCUACAAAAUGCUUAUUCCUUUGCUGAAUAUUCUUAAUUUCUUUCAACACCUGUUUUGAAAUGCUGGGCUGUUGCUUCACUUACUAAAGGAAAAGGAGAUUUCCAUGUAUGAUGGUUGGGGGGAGGGCUGCCACCAGUGAGCACCUGUGGAAGGAGUGUGCCCCUCUCCCCCCCACCCCGAGUCUCUGACUCUGUAUAUGCAGGUGAGUGCGUGCCUGCAGAAGGCAAGGGGUCAACCCCCAGGUAUCUUUCCUCAGGAGCCAUGCAACUUACUUCCCAAACUGGGACUUGGGGCUUGACCAUUAGGCUAGUGGGCCACCAGGCUCCAGGGACCCACCUGUCUCCACCUUCUCUGCAUAAGUGUAUGAGCAUAUAAGUGUGUCACCAUACCUGGCCUUUGCAUGUAUGAGCAUAUAAGUGUGUGCCACCAUACCUGGCCUUUGCACAUGGAUUCUAGGCAGUAAACAUAGGCCCUAUGCUUAUGAGGCAAGUGCUUUACUAACUGAACCAUCCCCCAGUCCACACAACUUACUGCCUCAUGCCCACCACUGAGGGGAAUUCAGCUCUGCAGAGCAAACAGAAACACCUGGCGGAACCCAAGUCUCUGGUCACCAGUCAGGCACGUGAACGCACAGUGCCACUGACAUCUCCAAUUCUAUGCAUUCAUUCACUACUGGAAGAAUGGCCUCAAUAUCUCACAGUAGCGUUUUAUCUAUUCUUCUUCCUCUCUUCUUCCCUCUUUUUUCCUCCUCCCAAUUUCUUUCUUUCUGUGUAUAGAUCUGUGUGCAUGUGCAUCUAAGUAUGGAAGCCAGAGGUCCCCAUUGGCUGUCUCCCCUGUAUUGCUCUUUUCACUGACUAGACUGACUGACCAGUGAGUUUCAGGGAUCUACCUUCUUCAACACUCCUGUCCUCACCCCCUUGAAGUGUGUCUCUAUACUUUUUAAAAAAAAAGCUUUUAUUGAAUUGGCCCUUUGAUAAUUUUAUGCAUUAUAAAGUGUACUGACUAUCAUGACACUCUACUUCCAAGUCCCAGUCCCAAAUUCUUGCCCCUCUAUUUUGGUGACUCACUGAGUUUAAAGAGGAUCGUCUGUGUAACCAUGGACUUAGAACUGUCCAUUCAAACCUAGUGGCUUCUCAGUGGACACACAGCUACCUCUCCAGAAUCCAUCAGCAGCCAAUAGUUCAGCAGGGUCCUGUGAAUUCUUUCCCAAUACACGAUUAUUGAUAAACCCAGAACCCCCCAUUUAAACACUAAUUUUAAUUUUAUGUAUAUUGAUGUUUUACCUGUAUGUGUAUGUGUACCACCUGCAUGCCUGAUGCCCUUAGAUGACCGAAGAGGGCAUUAGAUCCUCUGGAACUAGAGCUACAGAUUGUCACAGAGUUACAGCGUUACAGGUCGUGUUUGCUACCUUAUAGGUGCUGAGAACUAAACUUGGGUCCUCUGCAAAGGUAUUGUGUUGUUAACUGCUGGGCCAUUUCUCCAGCCUCCUAGGCCCAGUCUUAAACCAAUUAAAGACAGCUGCUGUGAAGCCAUUUCUGCACUGACCGUGCUGGCCUCAAAAGACAGCAUUUCACAGCCCUUGUACCUGGCUCUUCUAUCCCUUCUACCCUCUCUUUAAUGAUGAUCCCUGAGCUUUAGAGUCUAGAACAUAAACAACAACUUAUUCUUAGCCCCUGAGCCGUCAUUUGAUUGGCAUCUCAUCGCCAUGACAGUCUAACUAAAAAUACUAACAAGUUUCCCUUAGGGCCUAAGAUUUCCUUAGCCAUGAGUUUUUACCAAACAAGAGUUCUCUUUCCAUGAGAAAGCAGUUGUUUACACAUAGAACAGUUAUGUCACUAUUGCAUUAGUGAGCACAUCUUGCCUUACAGAUGGGUAUUGUAGUUUGUAGGAUUCACAGCGACUUCAGACAGUUGGUGCCUUUUCUCCUUCAGCAGUAUAUAGAGCAUCUUCCAACGCUGUGGAAGCUGGCCAGCGUAGAAAAAGCUUCCAGCUCAGUUCCAAUUUGACCUCUAUACCUUGCAAUCAAGGUCUACGGUGUCUUCAGUAACAGGGUCUUAUCAACCAGCUGUGGCUUGUGUUAUUUGUGCACACCUCUGGCCCUGUGACCAACAACCCAUGAGGCAUUAUCUCACACUUGGCUUUGGGGUUUUGUUUAAUAAGCACGGCUUUGAGGAACAGCAUUAUCCAGACAUGCAUGGAAUUUCCCUUAAAACGCCUCAGGGUCCUGAUUACGGGAGCAGGCCACAAUGCCUGCUUUUUACACGGUUUCUGAGGAUCUGAACUCAGGUCCUUAUGCUGGCGUGGCAGGUACUUUGCCAACUGAGCCAUUUCCUCAGUCCUCAGAAUGCUACGUGGGGUGACUUGUGACAUCCUGGGGGUAAUGAAGGUAUAAGAAACAGCUUUUUAAUGUCUGGUUUGACCCUAUUCCAGUACAAAAUACAUUGUUUCUCCCCUUUACCUGGAAGACUUUCCAUGUAUCAAUCUAAGUGACCAUAUACUGUCCCCACUUCAGUGAUUAUGUGAUGGCCAGUAAGCCAGGAUGUCACGCCAAACAGAGAUAAGAAUGAUUACAGGGUGAUGUUACAAACAUGGCAGAGUAAGACAGAGCUCACCCUCACCAAAACCCAAAACCACCUAAGAGAAAAAAUAGCGAAGCAUCCAGCUGAACAUUCACAGCAUCCGGAAGUGAGCACAGAGAGGCUUACCUAGUUCGGUAAAUUUGUUUUCUGUGCAGCAGUCCUCUUUCCACACAGCAGGCAGCCAUGGGAACUAUGGCCCAGGUUGCUGGUGUGGCUUAUUUUUGCCAGUGGGCAGUAAUGACUUUGUCCUCCAAAACUUGGAGCUUGCUGCAUUUUUGCCAUCAUAGAGGCCAGUCAUUGUUCCCAACCCCGUGGGCUGAAGCAUCUUCUUAGUCACUAGGUAUUUAAAGAGAGCAUUCAUUCCCCCCUUUUAGCAAACCAGACAUUUAAAGAAUCUUAUGUUCCCACAGAGACAACCCAGCAGAAACUUCAAUGACCCCACAUAUGAAGAGUGCACACUUGACAGGAAGUUUGAAAAAAAUCUCAAACCAGAUGACUCCAGCCCUCACUGAGCAAAACUUACCAAUUCUGGAAGCAAAGAGAAUUAAAUUUUGAGUUACCACAUACCAUACUUAGAAGGUCCAGUUUUCAAUAGAAAAUUACAAAACAGAAAAAAGAAACUUAAAGUAUGUCCAUUCUCAGAAAAGAACAAAAGUUUGACACAUAACUUCCCUUGAAGAAGUCUAGGCAGUGAUUGGAUAGAGAUCAUUGGUUAAAGGUCUUAGAUCUGCCUUCAGUCUGCUCAGUGAAAUGCAGGAAAGCAUGGGAAGAAUGAGGAAAAAUCAGGGAGAAAGUGCAUCAUUGCAAUGACAGUGUUAGCUGACGAGGUACCAACUAUAACAACAGAGCACUCCAGAGCCAAACAGUGCAACCCGAGACAAACAGUGCAACCCGAGACAAACAGUGCAACCCCAGACAAACACUGCAACCCCCAGACAAACAGUGCAACCCCAGACAAACACUGCAACCCCCAGACAAACAGUGCAACCCCAGACAAACAGUGCAACCCCAGACAAAUAGUGCAACCCCAGACAAACAGUGCAACCCCCAGACAAACAGUGCAACCCCCAGACAAACAGUGCAACCCCCAGACAAACAGUGCAACCCCAGACAAACAGUGCAACCCCAGACAAACAGUGCAACCCCCAGACAAACAGUGCAACCCCAGACAAACAGUGCAACCCCCAGACAAACAGUGCAACCCCAGACAAACAGUGCAACCCCAGACAAACAGUGCAACCCCAGACAAACAGUGCAACCCCAGACAAACAGUGCAACCCCAGAUAAACACUGCAACCCCAGAUAAACACUGCAACCCCAGACAAACAGUGCAACCCCAGACAAACAGUGCAACCCCAGACAAGUUUGUUAGAGGCUGAGCAACAUCUGAACAAGAUGGAGGGUCAGAGGAUGUGAAGAGAUGACCCAGAGGCACAGAAGACAACAAGAACAACAAAUAGAAACUAAAGGGGCCUGGGGGACAUAGACAGACAUGGAGACAUUGUAGGAAUUCUAGGAGAAAGACAGAAAGACUAAUGACAGAAAACUUUUCAAAUUAGAUGAAAGGCCAUGAACAUUCCCAUCCCAAGCAAUUUAGUGAACUCAAACCAGGGUAAAUUUAGAGGCAACAGCUCAUCAUGUGGGGACCCUCAAUAAGGUUAGUGGUUGAGGAAGGACCCAUCUGAAGUGCUGGAAAAGGAAAGCAGUUCAGUCAGUUGCAGAUGGACAAAAGCUAACGUCCCUACUGCAGAUGCCACCAAGAUGCCUUUGUGCAGAAGUGAAAUGAUACUGAAUGGUAACUUGAACCCACAAGAAAAAUAACCAUAAUGAUGAUUUUAUAGGUAAAUAUACCAGUGUCAUUAUACUUUUAAUUCGUAAUUUUUCUAUCAUCCCUGUAUGACUUAAAAUGCAAACUUCAUGAAAAGUAUAAUCUGUGUUAAUCCAACAGGAAGAUGAAUCUGCAGUAAACAGCAUGGUUGGGUCUCUAAGUAACACGGAAAGCCAGCGGUUAUCAGGUUGGAUCACUUCAAGUUUACAGUGCUAAUCAUACAUAUAAAGGAGACAAACUAAGCACGCUGAGAAAAGCGAAUAUCCAAAGAGGCGGUAAGGGAGGGUUUACAAAUAAAAACUACGACAGAAAAGAUAGCUAGGUAGCAGGAACACUCCUCCUCUAUCAGUGAUCACAUACAACGUCAGUGGACUAAGUUAUUCCAAAGACAAAGAUUGCUAUAUUGGACCAAAAUCAUACAGGAACCAUCUAUUUACUGUCUGUAAGGAUUCACAUUAAAUACAGGGACACAAAAAUGUCAAAGGUGAAGGACAGAAAGAAAAUUACCAGUUGCUAGAGUCUUUACUGAGAUGUUUCCAGGCUCUGUCUGUCUGUGUCUGUCUGUCUGUCUGUCUGUCUGUCUGUCUGUCUGUCUGUCUAUCUGUGUGUGUGUGUGUGUGUGUGUGUGUGUGUGUGUGUGUGUGCGCGCGCGCAUGCGCGCGUGGGGUUUUUCAAGACAGGGUUUCUCUAUGUAGCAUUGGUUGUUCCGGAACUCACUCUAUAGACCAGGCUGACCCUCAAAUUCAGAGAUCUGCCUGCCUCUGCCUCCCAAAUGCUAGGAUUAAAGGUGUGCACCACUACCACCCUGCUUAGUUCUUAGUUUCUUAUCCAAAAAAAACCCUGAAAAUCAGGGGUCACACAGAUGUAGAGAGGCAACAAGCUAACUCCUCAUGAUUGACAGUGGGUCACAUGAAUGAAAACAAAGAGCCCUUUGUCCCAGGCCUCCUCUGUGGGUUCAAGAGAAAGGGAGGCUGGCUACUAAAUCAGAGGAACCACUUAGGUGGUUCUCGUCUUGAUAGGUUAUAUAAUCGUUUCCUCCACUUGGUAUGUCCUCCCCAUACUGCAUCUGACUUCAAUCAUAAGCCCACCCAAUUAUGCAGAGACAUGAGAGGGCACAUGGGGAUUUUCCAUAAGAGAUUACUAAAAGACAUAGCUUUAUUUUAUAUCCCAUGCACCCCAAACCAAUUGAACCCUUCUACUCUCAUACUCAGAUAAGCUGAAAAGACUUGAAACAAACUGUCUUCAUUUGAUUGGUACUAGGGGCAGAGAGCAUCUUGUCAUUCCGAGAUGGGAGUAUAUGUAGACUGACCGAGGUGGGGUGUUGAGAGGUUUCUGAGGUUGUUAGGGACACUGUUUGGAAAAGAGUAUGUGUGCACAGCAAAUGCAGAUGAAGGAACUAGGCUGCUGAGUGCACUACUACAAGAAGGGUAUGUAUGCGUGUAUGUGCAAAACUGAAACCAAAUGGGGUUCCAAACCAAACCAUCUCCUAUGCUUCCCUGCCUCAGAUAUGCCAUACAAAGAGUACAUAGAGAGAAAGCUAAUAUGGCUUUAUUAUGGUGAGGCCAAAUCAAUUAACUUUGAAUAAAACAUUUAUGACAGAUAACAAUGUUAUAUUUUGGUAAAAGGUCCAGUACAAGAUUUAGCAGUUAUUAACAUAUACUCACUUGGGUCCAAAAGAACAUAAAGUAAAAAUACAGAAUUAAAAGGAAAAUAUUCAAAAAUACUUAAAGACUUUAAUAGUCUACUUUCAAUAGUAGACAUAAAAACAUACAGAAGCCAAAUAUGGUGGCUAUAGGAAGCCUAAGACGAGAGGAUCCCUUGACAAGUUCAAGACCAGCCUUGACAUAGUGAGAAAUUCUCAACACAAAAACCAAACAAAUGAGACAGAAGAUCAACAAGGAAACAAAAGGCUUUAAAAACAACGUAAACUUAGUCAAGUGUGGUAGCUCACGCCUCUGAUCCUAGCACUUGGGAGAUGGCGGUGAGGGACUACUGCAAAUCUGAGACUAGACCAGGCUGCAUGGCCAGUUCCAGGCCAGCUUAGGAAAAAGGAAAAUACUAUGAACUAAUUAGACAUAACAGAGAUAAACAGAUCAGCCAAGCAAGAGCGAUAAAACACACACACACAAAUACCAAUGAAAA